ACAGUGAUGGCACCUGGGACUAACUGUGGCAAAAUCUCUGCAACAGCAGCAUUGGAAUUGGGACUGUCUGACAGCACCUUUGUUGCAACGUCUAUUAUUGAUGCUCAUGCAGGAGGCCUGGCUCUGGUGGCUGCUGGGGCAAAAACCAAGCAAGAUCUCAUUGGUAGACUAGGUCUGAUUUGUGGAACAUCAGCUUGUCACAUAUGUUUUGAGUGUAGAUCCCAUCUUUGUGCCAGGUGUGUGGGGACCAUAUUACAGUGCUAUGAUUCCUGGCUGCUGGCUUGCUGAAGGUGGACAGAGUUCAAC